AUGACCGAGGUAUCUUCGGGCAAUCCUGAGGUCGCAAGUUCGAACCUUGCUCAGGGCAGCUUUUUCUUCUGUUAUGAUCAGUUUUUGCCCCCAAUUGGCGGAGCGCAUAUCGUUCUUUCGUCCAUUCCCAAACAGUCAGGCCUAGCAGGACUCAGGAGACCAGGAAAGAGUUCGGGGUAUGCGACGUCAAGAUGGGGUGAGGAGCAGUUUACGAAGCGAAAGAUUAAUCUAGCCCUUCCAGACCGAGUCUUUGUUUACGAAGACGGUGUUCUGAACGUCAAUUUCAAUACCGUGUACAUUACAAACGUAUUCUUCGUACCUGCAUUUAUGGUUCCAGCAUUUCUUCGCAACUUCCCAACCCUCCGUGUUCCGCACGGUGGUUCCCAUAGGUCUCUCGUCCAUGUCUAUCCCUGCGCGCUGCUUCCACUAGCGCACUUCAUUGUCGAUGCCCGUCACAAAUGCGUCUCGCCGCAGGUCUAUGACUCGGAGAAGAUCAUCGGUGGGUAUACGCUUGAGAAUCUGAACAUGAUCUUGCUGGUGGAUGGAGAUGGGAAGGCACGCUUUUACUGCGUGUCGGGGCUCUUCUUCCCGGGAGUUCCGGCAGGGAACUUCCAUUCCGCUAAUCAUACGGGAAAGCUUUUCGAGCACGCCGUCGUUCUCAAUCAACCCGAUGGGACUGGCCUCGGAUGGUAG